AUGUCACGCAGCAAGCGAUUCGUGUUUGUCAACCUUGACGCAUGCAUGGCGUCGCAAGGAGUCACAAUGACCGUUCUUGCCCAACUGAAGGGGCUCUAUGGUGGUGUCUAUCAUGAGGGCAAUGUGGCCAUGAGUGGCAUCCAUACCCACUCAGGGCCUGGAGGAUACCUGCAGUACAUCCUGUACAUUAUCACAUCCCUGGGUUUCGUCAGGGAGAGCUUUGAUGUACUUGUGGGCGGCAUUGUUGAGGCAAUCAAGCGCGCACAUGAGGAUGUGGCGCCUGGAACGCUGCAACUGAAUCAUGGGGAGCUGUUGGAUGCAAAUGCCAAUCGGAGCCCCACAUCAUAUCUGGCCAAUCCUGCAGAGGAGCGCGCCCGGUACAAGCACAACACAGACAAAGACAUGACUCUGCUCAAGGUCAUGGACGCUGAUGGCAGGGGCCGAGGGGCUGUGGCGUGGUACCCAGUGCACUGUACCUCCAUCAAUAACACCAACAGCCUCAUCAGCGGCGACAACAAGGGGGUGGCAGCACAGUUCAUGGAGGAGUGGGCCGCAAAGAGCAGCAGGGACGGCAAUGCCGCUGUCAGCCAGGAUUUUGUGGCGUCCUUUGGGCAGAGCAAUGUGGGUGACACAUCCCCCAACAUCCUCGGCGCCUUCUGCUAUGACACAGGCGUCCCAUGCGAGAAGGAGCACAGCACGUGCAACGGGCGCAAUGAGAUGUGCAUCGGGCGCGGCCCGGCAUGGGAAGCGGACGACCACGGCUUCAAGAGCAACGAGAUUAUUGCACGCCGCCAGUCCGACAAGGCGCAGAGCCUCUGGCAGGACAACGGCAGCCUGGAUGUCACAGGCUCUGUGGACUACAGGCACAUGUUCCUGGACAUGAGCAGCGUGACAGUUCAUGCGUCCAACUUCACCCGAGCCGGCCGCACCUGCAGGGCCGCCAUGGGCUUCAGCUUCGCAGCCGGCACAACCGAUGGGCCGGGGGCGUUUGACUUCAAGCAGGGCGACCAGAAUGGGACGCUGUUCUGGAAAGUGGUGCGCCACUUCCUCAAGGAGCCCAGCGCCGAGCAGGUUGCCUGCCAGGCGCCUAAGCCCAUCAUCCUCGACACAGGCUCCGUGCAUGUGCCCUACGAAUGGCAGCCGGCAAUCGUGGACAUCCAGAUUCUGCGUGCGGGUCAGCUGGUGAUCCUGUGUGUGCCUGGAGAGUUCACCACCAUGGCCGGUCGGCGCCUGAGGGAGGCAAUCUACGCACAGGUAUCAGGUACCUGGGGCGAGGAUGUGCGGGUGGUCAUCGCGGGACUGACUAAUACUUACUCAAGCUACAUCACCACGAUUGAAGAGUAUGGCAUGCAGCGCUACGAGGGCGCCAGCACCAUAUUUGGGCCCCACACCCUUGAUGCCUACAUCCAGGAGUUUUCGCGGCUGGCAGAGGCGAUGGUGCUGCGCAAGGCAACGCCCCCGGGCCCCUCCCCGCCCAACAUGAUCGACGCCCAGUGGUCCUUCCUGGGCCCUGUCGUCCUCGACUCCGUGCCCAGCGGGGCCAACUUUGGGGACGUGGUGGAGGAUGUGGCUGGGGGGAGAUAUGAGGCGGGGUCGACAGCGCGAGCGGUGUUCAGGUCGGCAUGCCCGCGCAACAAUGUGCGGCUGGAGGGGACGUUCCUCACCGUGGAACGGCAGAAUAAGAGCUCCCCUGACGGCUGGGAUGUGGUGUACACGGACAGCCACGUGAGCACGAAGUUCUACUGGGCUCGGCCGCAUGUGCUGUCCCCGGAGUCCUCUGCCACCAUCACAUGGGACAUCCCUGAGGGAGUCCCUGCCGGCAUGUAUCGGCUGCGGCACUUUGGGGACUACAAGCACAUCUUCGGCGGGACACAGGCGUUUUCGGGCGCCUCUCGCGCGUUCCAGGUCGGAGAUCCGAGCUCUGGCCGCGGCGGGGGCAGCGGCAGUGCCGGCUUGUCAGACUGGGAGAUGUUUGUGAGGCAGAAUGGGUACCUGAUUCCCCUGGCGUUGUUUGCCUUGUUCCUGGUGGGGUCGAUAGCGUACAGAGUGGUGGUGUCUGGGAGCAAUCAGCAUCAGUACUCCCUCAUGGCAGACUCUUGA